AUGAAGCUCUUCGUGGCCUUUGCCGGGCCCGAAGAGGAGGUGCGCUUCGUGGUUCUGAUAGAUGCUGCGAGCACUGUGGCCUCCCUGCGGCAACGUAUCCAGGCAGACUUCCGCUCGGUCUUCCCAAGCAGGCUGCCAGUGGUGUUUUUUCGCAUGGCCAGUGCAGAUGGCUUCUUCUUGACAGAUGCUGCUGUAGUUGGACAAGUGCUAGAAGAUGGCAGUACAGUGACCUGCCACCGAGCAGAUUCUGAGGUGACGGGGGCACCGUUGCCGGAAGAGCCCAGCCUCGAGGAAGUGCGCGGCAUCUUCGCAUCCUUCCGAGCGCAGAUCUCUUACAUCGCCCGGAUGGCUUGCCAUGCUGCCCUGAAAUCCAGCAGCGAGGUCAGCUCUGAGGCCAUGUCCAUCCUCUUGGCCAUGCUGAUGCUUGGCGGGCCACAGCUCCUUCAGGUCCGAUCGGAUGCAUUGGACAUCCUCCAGAAGCGCUUGCCGGCCCAGGAUGGUGCAGCCUUGCCUGCAUUCCUUGCGGCGGGCGGCCUUUUUGUCUUGCUCGGCCUGCUGUCGCCGUCGACGAAGCUGGAUUCCGACACCGAGGUGCUGGAGAAGACUGCGCAGCUCUUUGAGCAGUUGGUCCUACAGCACGGCCCAGCGUUGGCGCCAGUGCUGGAGGACUGUCAAGCCAAUAUCCUGAUGCAGAAGCUGGCGAAAGACUCCCGGUGCACCGCCAGGAUGAAGCAAAACGCCUAUGCUUCACGGAAGGCACUGGAGAAGGUCGGUAUCGGGAGCGCUGCAGGCCUGAAAGAAGGUUACGCCAGUGAGCCCGGCAAGCUUCCUACAGGCGAGAGAGGGAACAGGCUGCAGUCAGCUGGUGCUGCCGUGGCGCGUGGAGGCUACUCUCCCGCAGGCUGCAAUGGUGGUGAAAGGACGCCGACUCCGAUUCUGCCUGGCGGGAUGACCCUGCGGCUUCUGUUGGACCAGAAGAAGCUCACCUUGGAUUCCUCCACCUUGAGCCAGGCCGUGUGGGAGUUUGAGGCCAAAGUCACCAGCUGCCGCGAGGGCGCACUCCAUGAGCUGGCAGCAGAUUCCGGUCUCGCCGAGGUAGUAUGGAAGGUGUUGCAGUCAGCGACCAAGGGUGCAGCCAAGCAGCUGCUCCCGAGCUUGGGCAAGAUCCUCGCACGCUUUAGAGGAGAGCCGCGGGCCCGCACGGGAUUUGUCCGGCAGCUGAGCCGGUUCCUGCGCUUCAGCGAGGCACUGGAGGUGCUGCCGUCCUGCUGGACGCACCUUCCAGAAAGCAUGAGGUCGGCGAUGUUGGACAUGGCGGAGGAGAUGAUGCAGCACACAGCAAAAUCAGCCACCCACGCACACGAGCUGCAGUCCGUUCUGGUGCUGCUACAAGAGCAUGUGCCUUCGGAGCUGCAGGCUCUUGCACUUCGCAUGAUGCGAAGAUUGGUGGACCCUGACGGGGUCUCUGGUGCAUCGAGUGCUGCGCUGUCUCGAAUGCCGCCAAAGGCCAUCAACACGGGUCUGAUGCACGUGAUGCCCAAGCACCCGCUCGCAUGCCUGGACAUCUUGGGCACCUUGGUGCUCAAGGAGGACUUUCGGCGCUUCUUUGCAAGCCAAGCUUCGCUUCUGAAGUUCCUGGCGCACUGCUGCACUCAGCCGGAAGUCUGUGCCCGAGGUACGGAGAGCCAGGGCCCACUAUCCCUGCAACGAGCAGCGUGCAGGUGCCUGGCCAACUUGGCCUCGCAGCCUGAGGUCCGAGACUGGGCCAAGCAGUCGCCGGCGCUACAAGGUCUGCACGAGUCUACCGGCGACCUCACGGUUCGUGCCUACUUAGGCAAGGCCCAGAAGCACUCCAAAUGGGAAGAGCUGUUGGGACACUUCGGGGUGGGGACACAGGCUGCGAGCGAACAUCGCUUUGCAAAGGCGCGCAAGGUGAAGAGUUUCACUGAUAUUGCAGGCUCUUGGGCUCUUGCGGCGGUCGAUGUCCAAGGUGGCCACAGCAAUGUGCUUAGCCUGAUCCGCGUGCUGGCCAUCCCUGGCUUACCGAAGCUUGCCAUCUCCUGUCUGCUUCUCCUGGCGCCAGCGCUGGCGCUGAAGGGCAGGUUCAGGAGUGUCCAGACUGUCACGCAGUGCACCUCUCCAGCUCAUUCUGUGGAGGGAGGCUAUGUUGUGUUUGAAGCCUCAACGUUCAAAGACUCCUUCGAUGUGACUGCCAAAUGCGCAGAGCGAUACAAGGGCACCGCUGUCGUCUCCCCGUGCACAGCUGAUGGCGCACCAUACACUCUCAGGGGCUGUUCGCCGGAACGCUGUACGGAGCCAGUUGCAGCAGACAUGAAAGGGUACGAGCUGGCACCCUUUUCCUUGGAGCGGCCAAGCUUCAGCGUCACUGUGAAGUGCACCAGUGGUGUGGGCUUUGGGAAAGCCACCGAGUGCGUGAAAGACGGCGACCCAUACACUGUGACAGGCUGCCUUGUCGGUGAGUGCACAUCGCCAGCUGCCAACCUUGCAUCGCAUGGCUAUGUCGUGUACGAGCGCUCCAGGAUGCCGCAGAGCUUCAACGUGAGCGCCACCUGCGCGUCGGGUUACAAGGGCACGGCUUCUGCCUCUACCUGCAAAGCAGCUGGCACACCGUAUUCCCUCGCUGGCUGUGAGCCAGAGACUUGCACGCCGCCCAGCACGGAACACAUGAAGGGCUACGAGCUCCAAGCCUUUUCCUUGAAGCGGCCCAGCUUCAGCGUCACGGUCAAGUGUAGCAGUGGGGUCGGUGUCGGAAAAGCGAAGCCAUGCGCAAGAGAUGGCGAGCCAUACACUCUCGGGGGCUGCUUCAUCGGUGAAUGUGCAUCUCCAGUCGCUCAUGCAUCGCAAGGCUACAUCGUGUACGAAGGCUCCAAGAUGCCGCACAGCUUCCACGUGACAGCGUCGUGCGCGAAGGGCUACAAGGGCACGGCUGCUGUGUCCGUGUGCAAAGAUGCAGAUGCCCCAUACUCUCUCACCGGCUGUGCGCCUGAAGUUUGCACAGAGCCCAGCCCAAAAGAGACGGAUGGCUAUGAGCUCACAGCCUUCUCCUUGGAACGGCCCAGCUUCAGUGUCUCCGUGCGGUGCAAGUCGGGCAUCGGAUUGGGUAGGGCCAAGGAGUGCACGAAACAUGGGGAGCCGUACACGGUCGAGGGCUGCUUUGUUGGCGAAUGCACAUCGCCAUCGAACCUCGCCGAGCACGGCUAUGUAGUGUAUGAAGGCUCCAGGAUGCCGCACAGCUUCAACGUGAGAGCUGAGUGCGCCACUGGCUACAAGGGCACCGCUCUUGUGACGCAGUGUGAGAAAACCGAGCAGCCGUACUCACUGAAUGGAUGCAGCCCUGAGAGCUGCAUUGAGCCAAGUGUUUUUGACCAGGCCAACUACGAUAUCCAAAUCCACUCCCUCUUACGGCCCUUCUUCCGCGUCACGGCCAAAUGCAAGCACGGCUUUGGAACUGCCACAGUCAAAGAGUGCCGGAAAGAUGGCAACCCCUUCGAGCUGGAAGGAUGCAUGGAUGCCUGUGCUUCGCCCAAGAAGGCUGUCGAGGCUGGCUACGUUGUGUUCGAAAAGAAGCUGGUGUUGAACGAGUUCAGCGUGUCUGCAAGUUGUGCCGACGGAUACAAAGGUGCUGCUGCUGUCACCAAGUGCAACGCUGCCAACGAGCCCUAUAUCUUGAGUGGCUGCACACCUGUGAGAUGUACCGAGCCAACACAUGUAGACAAGGCCGCUUACGAACUGACCGUGCUGUCAGCGGAGAUGCCGUCAUUCAGCAUCCUAGCCAACUGCAAGAGCGGUGUUGGAACUGCCAAAGCAAGAGCCUGUUCUGGAGAUGGACAGCCGUUUAUUUUGGAGGGAUGCCCAUCCCUUUGCAGCUCACCCAAGAAAGAUUCCGAAGCUGGGUAUCUUGUGUUUGAGAAGUCUUUGCUGAUGGGCGAGUUUGAGGCCCACGCCGUCUGCGCAGACGGCUACGCCGGAACGGCCACUGUGUCCAAGUGCACAGCGGCGAACGAGCCGUACAUCCUAAGCGGCUGCAAACCGGUGAAAUGUGCAGAGCCAAGCAAUGCGGCUGCAUAUGACCUGACAGUGUUUUCAGCAGAGGCCCCAUCAUUCAGCAUUGUGGCCAAGUGCAGGAACAGUGCCGGAACUGGCAAGGCAAAGGCUUGUUCCAAAGAAGGACAGCCGUUUGUCUUGGAGGGCUGCCCUUCCAUGUGCAGCUCUCCCAAGCGCACCUCCGAAGACGGAUACGUUGUGUUUGAGAAAUCCCUCUUCUUUGACGACUUCAGGGCCGAUGCAGUUUGUGCUGAUGGCUACACGGGCAAAGCCUCUGUCGGCAAGUGCAGUGCAGUGAGUCUGCCGUACACUCUCGGUGGCUGUGCGCCAGCAAAGUGUGUGGAGCCAACGGCAGCACAGAAGUUCAACUACAAUGUCCUGGUCCACAGCCUCAACGUGCCAUCCUUCCAUGUCACGGUGACUUGCAGAAAUGGCUCGGGCGCUGGCAAGGCUGUGCCAUGUCGCGGUGACAACCUGCCCUACAAGCUUGAAGGCUGUGACUAG